CCCAAAAACAUGUGAUCCGUCGCGUCUGAGGAUUACUCAGACUCUCGUGGAGCCUCGGUCUUUUAUUCCUAUUCUAAUGUCAAAACCGAAAUCCGACGUCAAGGUUCUCAAAGGCCAAGAAGCCGAAGACAAGGUCCUCGAAUAUGUCAAACGCAUGAAUCGACCUUAUGGUGCUGUGGAUGUUGCCGCAAACCUCAAAGGGGCCGUUCCGAAGGCCGCUACGCAGAAGAUUCUAGUGAGUUUGGCGGAGAAGGGUGAGCUAGUGCAGAAGACAUAUGGAAAAACCACGUUCUUCGUAGCAAAUCAGGCCAAACUCGAUACGGUGCCAGCAGAGAAAAUCGCCCUUUUUGAGGAAGAAUACAAACGUAUCGAUGACGAAAAUAAGUUGCUGUUAUCUGAAAUUAAAUCCGCUAAUAACGAGCUAUCAAAGAUCAAGAACACGCCCUCUGACGCAGAACUACACACUCAGAUUGUUGAACUCAUGCAAGUGGUAGCGAAGAAGCAAGCUAUACUUCAACCUUUACGAUCCGGUAGCCCCCUAGUGUCCGCCGAAGACCUCGCUCUAGUAGAUGCAGAGUGGAUCAAAUGGCGAACAGAAUGGGUACGCCGACGCAAAAUUUUCACCAACUUCUGGCAGCUUACGACGGACGCACUUGCCCCCCAGGAUGCAACGGAACUCUCGGAAGAUCUUGGUAUUGAACUAGAUGCGCCUGAACACGCUGCGCUGGAACGCAGCACGUUAUGUCAAAAUACGAAUAUCAAAAACACACUGAAGAGGAAGCGAUAGUGGUUACGUGAAAGUGUGGGUGUGCUGUGCUAUUCAAACUUUGCUUCCUCUGCCGAGUCUGGUUCGCUCUGCUUCGACUAUACUUAUCUGGAACUUGUGCUCGGAUCUGUGCUGCGGUUGUACUGUAUUAAUAAAACAUUCUGUUUGAAGACCGCAGAGAACCCAGUAAGGAGGGUGGAUGCUGGAUAAGUGAGCAGGGACGAG